AUGCCAUCUGCCACGUCGUCCGGAGUAGACACGGGCUCCGGCGGGAGCUCAGCGAGGUCGCGCGACCACAACCAAGGAAAUCAGGAACGCAAAUACACCCCCGAGCAGAAGGCUGCCGUGAUAAGGAUUCGAAAAUGCUCUCCAACCGCGUUCUACGAGAUUUUGGGUCUGGACAAGAACGCCUCGGAUAGUGACAUUAAGAAGGCAUAUCGAAAACUAAGUCUGCUUACGCAUCCCGAUAAGAAUGGCUAUGAAGGGGCCGACGAGGCGUUCAAGAUGGUCUCUCGUGCUUUCCAGGUAUUGUCGGAUCCGGACAAGAAGGCGAAGUAUGACAAGUUUGGCGGAGACCCAGAAAGCCGAUUCAACCCUGGCGCUGGCGCUGGACCUUCCGGUGCAUCGUCCUUCAGUGGUUUCAGCGGUGGUUUCCCACGAGCACAAAAUGCCGGAGGAGCUAUGUUUGAGGAAGAAAUAUCUCCUGAAGAGUUGUUCACCCGCUUCUUCAACGGCGGCUUCGGUCCCAUGGGUGGUGGAUUCAGCCCUUUCGGCGGCCCACAGUUUGUUUUCAACAUGGGUGGAGGUCCAGGAAUCCGAGUUCACCAAUUUGGCGGGACGCGGCCUCGAAGAAGGCCACGCGAAGCCAAUAAUCAGUCCGAACCUGCGCCAUCCGGUUGGGCGUCGCUAUCGCAGCUCCUUCCUCUCAUCCUCCUCUUCGUCUUGCCGCUCCUUUCCUCGCUCUUCUCUGGAUCUUCGACUCCGUCUGGACCUACCUUCCGUUUUGAUGGCCCCGUGUCCCCUCAUACCAUGCACCGAACGACACCGAAACUGAAAGUCGAUUACUAUAUCAACCCAUUGGAUGUGGACGAUUACAGCGCCAGAAAGUUCAACCAGCUCGAUCAGCGGGUAGAGGUUGAAUACGUCAAUAAACUUCGUCACGAGUGCGAAAGCGAGGUGCAGAUGCGAGACCGGAUGAUCCAAGAAGCACAGGGCUGGUUCUUCCCCGAUGUGGAGAAGAUGAAGGAGGCGCGCGCUAUGGAGCUGAAGAGUUGUCGACGCUUGGAUGCGUUGAAGGGGAAGACGAAGUAA